AUUACUUCUACAUCUUGUGCAUUUCUUGUCAGAACAUAAUCAUAGCUAUCGGAUUGGCGUAGUUUAGUUUUCUUUGGUGAUUAGCAAUUGGGAGAUUCAUUUUUCGGUAAUAACUAAAUAUUUAGCAAAAUAAUCUAACAUUAUGGAUAAAAGAAAGCUUUCAACUGCAGGGGAUAGUUUGUAUCAAAUACUUCAAGUCCCCAAAACUGCAACAGCAGAUGAUGUGAAGAAAAGCUACAGAAAAUUGGCCUUAAAAUACCAUCCAGAUAAAAAUCCCAACAAUCCAGAAGCAGCAGAUAAAUUCAAAGAGGUGAAUCGAGCACAUACAAUAUUAAGCGAUGCUACAAAAAGAAAUAUCUACGACAAUUAUGGCUCCCUUGGAUUAUAUAUUGCUGAACAAUUUGGUGAAGAAAACGUCAACGCCUAUUUCGUAGUGACUAGUACUUGGUGCAAAGCGCUAUUCUUUGUAUGUGGUAUCUUAACCGGAUGCUACUUUUGCUGUUGUUUAUGCUGUUGCUGUAAUUGCUGUUGCGGCAAAUGCAAGCCGCGUCCGCCAGAAGAAUCAGGCGAUUAUCACACAUUAGAACGCGACGACUCUGAUGGCGUACAAACGGUGACCGUGCAGCCGGGAGGUGAGGGUCGUCCAAAAGGUGAACAAGCACCACCUAUUGCCAUGCCUAUGCCACCACCAUCUGGCGCUUCCGAAAACACAGGCCUCAACUCAGGUGGGGUCAAUUAUGGAAUUUCACAUUAACAUAGGAAGCAGUUUUCCAAAAUACACAUGAAGUAUUCACAACUUACUAGUCUAACAUAAUUUGUAAGAGAAAUACGGAACUGAUUUCUUAUAACCACCAACUUGCACAGAUGCUGGGUAUAAGCCUAAAUUAAGUUUUCUAAUUUUCACUGUAUUAUCAUAUUAUGUAAUUUUUUUAUACUUACAUUUAUUUUUGUGACAUUUAUGUUUGUCGCGUAAAAUAUAUCUGUUUAAUUUA